AUGGAUUUUCAUUGUUAUAUGUUAUAUACUACCAUUGUCUUUCAAUUUCUUACAUUAAAUCAUUCUAACUAUGUGAAUGGACAAUAUACUAUGGAAUAUUUUAUUACUGAAGAAUGUCCACCAAAUACAUUAGUUGGAAAUUUAAAUAAUAUACCAUAUAAUUCAAUGAGUCAAUCAUAUUCAUUUAGUACUUUUCAACUUUUAUCAAAUAAUGUAAAUUUUUAUUUGAAUGAAUCUACUGGAUUAUUGUAUACACGUGGUCGAAUCGAUCGUGAAACUAUUUGUUCUGAUAAUAAUAUACACAAUAGUAAUACAAUGAAUAAUCUUCUUCCACAUUCAUCAAAUGACUUUAGAAUUAAAGAAGUUGAUCAACUUGUAAUAAACGAACCGAAUUCUCUAAAUACAGGAUAUAUUACUAAAUCAAGUUGUGAAAUAUUACUACAAGCCUUACAAUUUAUUCAUGGUUCUCAUUCACGUGAAAAUAAUGAACAACAACAUAGAGUGAUAUUAAUAAAAAUAUAUAUAUUUGAUAUAAACGAUAAUACACCAUCAUGGCAAGAGAAUAUUAUACAAAUCAGUGUACCAGAACAUACUUCAAUCGGUACUAGAAUACCCUUACCAACAGCUAAUGAUCCAGAUUGUGGACCUAUUAAUACAACUGUAAAUUAUUCACUACUUGAUGAGAAUGUAAAAUUUCAGUCUUCCGUUAUAAAUUCAGAAAAAACAUCUUCAAUGCAAAAUGUUUUCCAUUUAGAUGCAGAGCUUAUAUCAAAUCCAGAUAUGAAUUUAAACACUGUGUGGAAUUAUCAAGCAAUUACUUGUAAACCACGGAUUUUUCGUUUAUGGCUUCGUAUUACACAAGAUUUAGAUUGUGAUGAUGAUGAUAAUACCGAUGAAACUGAUACUUUGACUUCAUCAAAACUAUAUCACCCUGAAAGUGUGAAAGUAAAACAAGCAAAGUUGACUUUAAUUGCAGUGGAUGGUGGUCAACCGGUUAGUUUGACAGGCACUGUAACAAUAAAUAUAACAGUUACAGAUAUUAAUGAUCAUGCUCCCGAGUUUAUCGACUCUGGUCGAUAUCACUCUAAAACUACAAGCGAAUCAUCUUUAGUUCACUUAUCACCUGUUUACUCAGAAAAUGGAGAAUUAUACAUACAGCUUCCUGAAAAUACUCCAGCUGGACGAGUUAUAUAUAAAGCACAAGCGGUUGAUCGUGAUGAAUCAGAUAAGAAAAAGCUUAAAUACACACUAGGAACAUCAGCCGGUCUAGAUGUUAGGGACACAUUUAGAAUAGACCCGAAAUCAGGUGAAGUAAUUCUUUUACGUUCACCGGAUUAUGAGCAACACAGAAUACACAUUUUACCAAUCACAGUAACUGAUGGUAAACACUUGAUAACGCAAAAGUUGACUGUACGAAUUCAAAACAUAAAUGAUCACCCUCCUAUGAUUUCAGUUCGUCCAGUUAUUAAACAGAAAUCGAGUAAUUUUUCUUCAAGUUCAUCGAUACGUCCCGGAGUUCGAAACUUUAUUAGUGGUCGAACGAUUCUACUAUAUGUAACUGAACAUGAACCACCAGGCCAGUUAAUAGGAACUGUAACAGUAACUGAUUCUGAUGAAAUUUCUGACCCGAUUCUUGCUAAAUCAGACAAUUUGAUUGAGAAUAAUGCCCCAACUAUGAAUUAUCAAUAUCAAACAAUUGAUUCAGAUACAUAUCUAAGCAUUAACUGUCAGUUAAAUCAUAAUGGGUUAGUGUUGGAACCUUUGUUCAAAGGUGCUAAAAAUCAAUUUAAACUUCUUACUUAUGCUAGUUUCGACAGAGAACAACAAACAGAUCAGUUUGCUACACUAACAUGCUAUGAUUAUGGCCAACCACCAUUAUCUUCACAAGUUGGUUUACAUCUUAUUAUUGAAGAUAUCAAUGAUCAUGGUCCUCAGUUUAAACAAAGUAAAAUGAUUGCUCAUAUAAAAGAAAAUAGUCCAUCUGGAACAAAAAUUUACAAAAUUGAUGCACAUGAUCCAGACAUUGGUCCAAAUGCUUUAUUAGGUUAUCGUUUAGAUGGACAACACAUGGAUAAUUUUAUGAUUGAUGAAAAAACGGGUACAGUAACUAGUUUACGACCAUUUGACAGAGAACAGAUAGAUCAUUUUAAUCUAUCUGUAAUUGUUUAUGACCAGUCUGAAUGGGUUACACUAAAUAAUUAUAAUAAUGAUAAUAUUACAUCUCUAACAGAUAUAACUAUAAAAACAAAUACAAUUGAACUGUUUAAUCGUAAAGCACCAAAACAGCAUAUUGUACAUGGAACUCUUCAUGUUUUCAUUGACGAUGUAAAUGACUGUGUACCAACAUUUGAUAAUUCAUUAUAUCAAUUAACUGUAUCCGAAGAUGCUAAAAUUAAUCAUUUAAUUGGACAAAUUGAAGCAAAUGACAGUGAUGCAACCGAAAUUAAUAAUCAAAUACAUUACGUCAUUAAACCACAAAUAGAAGGUCAAGUAAUUCAUGAAUUUCGUGUAUCAACUAAGGGUUAUAUUUAUGUGGCACGUGGUAAUUUGGAUAGAGAAAAAAUACCAGCUUAUAAUUUCUACUUAGUUGCUAUGGAUUCUGGACUCCCUACAUUAUCAUCUUCGACACAGGUUCAUAUACAUUUGAUCGAUGUUAAUGAUAAUUCACCACAAUGGAUAUUUCCAGCGCAUAAUCAUCAGAUUAUAAAUUUAACCAUUAAUGAACCAGUCGGUUAUCGUGUAGCUCAAUUAAUUGCUGAGGAUCUAGAUGAAAAUGAGAAUGGUGAAGUUAUUUAUCGACUUGUUCAAACUAGUUUUAUGUCCAAUAUGCCUAAUAUAGUAGAUAGGACAAUAAUGACCAGCCCAUCAACACGUCUAGAUAAUACUAUUAAUAGUAAUGUACAAAUUGUCCCAAAAACAGACAUGAGAUAUGUCCCAUCACAUAAUGUUGGUAACUUGUUUGAACUGGAUUCCAUAAGUGGUGCAAUUUAUGUUGGUCGAUCAAUGAACAUAGAUGAUGUUGGAUCGAUUAAAUUAGUAUUAGAAGCAAGUGAUCGUGGUCAUCCAGCUAAAGUUAAUCAUAGGGUUUUACAAAUUGAUAUUUUUCGUUAUUUAUCACAAGCAAGCGCCUAUUUAUUGAGUGAAAAUGACGGUGACAAUGUUGGAGUUAGUGAACAUGAUAGACAGAAGAACACAGUUGUUGGACAUGGAACUUAUUUAGAAAAUGAUCUAAUUGUAAUUGUAAUUAUGGUCGCUGUAACACUGGUAAUAUCGUUAAUACUCAUAUUAGCUAUUUUAUUUCUACGCUGUGGUGCAUGUACUCAACGAAAUACAACACAAUGUGAACAAAAUAAUCCAAGAUUUUAUAGACAGAGCCUCAAUCAUACACAUCAUCUUGAAGAAGUCUUUAGAGAUUCUGGAAUGCUUGAAGUUGAUGGUUUGCUUUCACCAGGAGCUGAACAUUUAUUGGGUGAAGGCGGUUUAAAUACUUUUCCUUCACCAAAUCAUCUUCAUCACCCACCUCAAUCUACAGAUUCGGAUAAAAUGAUAAGAAGCUUUUUAUCAAAUGCAGAGAAAAAUCAGUGGAUGAUGGCUGCAGUGGAUCCGAAAAAACCUGAUACAUUACGAUCCCAUAAACUGUUCAACUCAACACAUCCAUUUCAUCCUUCACCUACAAAAUUAAAUGACUUAUCUACUUUGAAACGAGCCAGUCAGACGGGAACAAUCUGUCGUUUAAAACCUGUUGAAGAACGCUUUCUUGAUACUGGAUCGACUAAAAAUUCUCCUGAUCAUGAAUUGAAAUUAUUGAUGGGAGCAUGUCCAACACUCAGGCAACAAAAUCAGACUUGUUCAACUUUUAAAGCAGGUUCUUCACAAAUUUCAGAUCUACGUAUUAAUUCACCAUCGUAUAGAGAUCCUGGUUCUAUAAGAAAUUUAACUUCACCCAAUGAAAUAACAGAAGAUAUAGAAAGCAUGGAUAGUGGUCAUGGAUGUAGUACCGAUACAGGAAUGAUAGAAAAUCAUUUCCCUAAUUCAAGACCUCAAAGUUCACUCAAUACUUUUCGUGUGAAUAAUGCAACAUUUCGUCAAACUCCAGCCUGUUAUUGUUCUCUUAAUGUUGAACAAUUAAAAAGUGCUCUAUCAUCAAGAAACCCAGAAUUAUUACCCACUGAACAGGAUGAUCUUACGUUGAAAGUCAUGGCAUAUCGUAGACGAAGUGGAACAUUACCACUAUGUUCUAUCCCAGUAAAUAAUGAUAACAUUGAAGAUGAAGAUAGUAUACUACCUACACAUUUCUCAACUAAAUUAAAUUCUGCAAAAUCAUCUAAUGAUCUAUUAAAAACAGUUGAUGCAAAAUGUUGUCUUAAAUAUAAUGUCGAACAACAACAACAACCUAAGAAUCGUUUAUCUGUUUCAUGGUUAGAUACACAUUCAACCUGUAAUACUGGACAAAAUCACAUUUCUAAAACUGUCACUUCUGCAUGUGCUCCUGCGUCAAGUCCAGAAUGUUUUACUACUACUGUCAAUAUGAAUAAUAAUACAAAUGAAAAAUCUAAAUUUUUAAGUUCAUCUUUAGAAAAUAAUACUACUACUAUUACUAAUACUACUACUAAUCAUAUUGAUGAUAAUUCUAAAGAAGAAUCUCAAAAUGAUAUAUCUCAAUCUACUGAAGGUACAAUGAUAUUAUUUAGUCCAGUAGAUCCACUUGGUUAUGCUCAAUUAAUUCAUACUCAAUCAGAUGAACAAUUUAUAUCACCACAAAAUAUUUAUACAAAAUUUCCAACAAGUUUUGUAUAAUUAAAAAUAUGUAAAAUAAUUUUUUUUCCCAGAAAAAAAAAGAUAAAAAU